UGGCUUUUCCCUUCUCGUUUUAUGAAAAUUACAACAUUCUUCCUGAAACCAUGGAUUCAGAUUAUGAAUCCGAUAUAAACGUUGAUACUAACAAAGCAUCCAGUCUCAAGUUAGCAAAGGAACAUUCUCUUGCUUCUCCUUUUAGUCAGAAAGAUGAUCCUGAGACUAAGAAGUCAAUGACGGAGAGUUUUCACAAGUCUACCCUUAAUUCACCAGCUUCAAACUCUCCCUCUACAAAUAUUCCUCAACUAGAGCAACCAAAUACCUUUGAGGACAUUCUUGAAUACUCAAAGAAGCCAAAUCUAUAUCCCAAUUUGACAAAGCAGUCUGUUCCUCUACCUCCUGAGACUCCGGCUCAGGUUCCAGAAAAACUUCUAAAAAUUAGCCAACCUUCAUUCUCUCUCACAGAUAAUUCUCUUUCAGACUCUAAAACAGAGAACACUAUGCGUAAACCCAAUGCUAUUUUAAAGCAGACUCUACAAGCUAAAAAUACACUUAAGCCUUCCCAGAAGCUUGAUUCUAAGUGUAUUGAAGGGUUAAAAAAGAAUCUGAUAGAUUCUGGGCUGGGUCUCACCGAACUUUGACAGCCUUCUGUUGGCUCAGAAAAUAGUCAGAAAAAACCUCAAGAGUCUCCAACUCUUCAAAACAUUGUUGCAACUGUUGACUUGAAGUAUAAAAUUGAUCUUGAAGUUGUUGUUUUGAACUCUAAGAACUCUGAGUACAACUCUAAGAGAUUUUCAGGUGUAAUAAUGAGACUCAGAAACCCUAAGGCGACUUGACUCAUCUUUGGGUCUGGAAAAAUGGUCUGAACUGGAGCAAAAUCUGAAAUUGACUGAAAAAGAGCAGCAAAGAAGGUAGCUAAAAUAAUUAAGAAUCUUGGAUUUGAAGUAAAGUUUUCAAAAUUCAGGAUUGUAAACAUUGUUGCUUCUGCUGACCUUGGGUUCCAACUGAAGUUAGCUAGAAUUCACCACACUUAUCAUGAAAUCUGUGACUACGAUCCUGAGCUAUUUCCAGGGUUGGUGUUCAGAAUUUUAUCUCCAAAAGUUACAGUGAUGCUCUUUGCAAACGGGAAGAUCACUUUACUCGGUGGCAAAACGAGAGAGGAAAUCCAAGAAGCUUAUGAUAAAGUCAUAAGUUUAUUCAAGUCAGAAGCAAUUGUAGAAAGAUGUGAAUAGGAUCAUCUUCACCUAUAUUUAACAAAAACAUUUCAUAAAUAAGUUAUUAUAACUCAUUUAUUGCAAAACUAGACUUCUCUUACACUUGGGUUCUGACUUGCUUUAUUUAUACAUUAAUUAGAACGAUUUGGCCGAUUUCUGAAUUAGGAUAAUCACUUGGCUUUAUGGUUAAAGUUAAGUGUCCCUAGAAACCAUUUCACCUAAAAAUGGUAAA